CUCACAUAUCAACCACAUCAAGUGUAACAGCAGAUUACUGGUGUGUGCUGAACAGCAACUUUUUACAAAAUGUUGCAUCUUAUUCUGGUUCUCUCUGGAGUUACAGUGGGCAUGGCCAUGCCUUUACUGGAUUACUACUCAUACUCCACGGCUGUUGGGGACGGCAGUGGGACUGAAUAUUCCACUGCGUAUGAUGGUCGCAUCACUGGUAUCAGAGUCUGGGAACACAGUAACGCGUAUAUUCGUGGAAUCCAGCUGCGUUAUGAUGGUAACUGGACAACACCGGUUUGUACAAGCAAUGGCAAUCCACUGGAGAUGUCAUUUCGUGACAAUGAAUCCAUCAUUCAGGUUUCUGGAAAACAUUACAGUGGCUACAUCUAUGAGCUUAUGUUUGUCACUAGUCGAGGCCGCUCUUUAAAAGUGGGGCAGCCUUAUGGAAACUCAUUUAACUUCUACCCGACCAAUGAUGGAAGUGAGCUACGUUUUCUCAGUGGUCGACAGAAUGGAAAUGGCAUCACCUCCAUUGGGGCUCACUGGGCUGUCUACUACACCGGUGACAACAGUGCAGCUUAAGAUCAUAUUAGUUCAGUUCAACCCCCUUUACUUUCUUUCUGCCAGCAUUAAAGAAACAGCUACACAAACUUGUUUUAUCUGUUCUGAUUUUUUUUUUAUAGACAAGCUCCUCAUGGUUAUUACUUAAAUAAAUGCUAUGUUUUUUUAUUUUUUUUUAUUGUUUUAGCCUAUUUUAUGUUUCAAACUUUCAGAAUUUUCCACUGCAUGAACGUACUAUA